AUGACCGCCUCUGAGUACUUGGCCCAGAAUCCCUUCGAAAUGCCCUCUGAUAUCUCUCAGCUGGGAUACUACGUGCUCAUAAACUCAUAUUUCAUAGGUGCUGCGUUUUAUACCGCCAGUUCGGAGCUACCCAACGACGAUGACCUCGACGAGGAGAACAUCCCCGGAUUUACGCACCCCGGACUCGCCCCGCUCUCGCCCAAUCCUGUGGACAAGGGCAAGGCGCGCGCUCCAGAGAACUGGCAUCUCCUUCUGGAUCCGGGGGCACGAGCCUGUCCGAGAACAUAG